UCUUCUCGUUAGUCGUCAGUCAGAAUUGAUAUCUUCCAGCUGAGAAGGCUGAAGAUUCGUUGUGCACCAAUUCGGUUAUAUUAAAAAAUAAUAUUUUAAGGAGUUUUUAUAGUUGUGUAUUUGGAACAUAAUGGCCACAGUCAGAUUAUUGCAAUCGCAGGUCCGCAAGGCCGGACAAUAUGGUUUUGAUGUACAAGCCCGUCAAUUCCAUGCUUCCUGCUAUACUGCUUCCAAGGUAGCUAUGUCGAAAUUCGAUACCGAUGUAUUUAUGCCUUAUGACAAGUUGGCCAAAACUUUGGAUAUUGUUAAGGGCCGUUUGAAUCGUCCUUUGACCCUGUCCGAGAAGAUUUUGUACUCUCACUUGGAUGAUCCCAAAAAUCAAGAGAUCUCUCGUGGUACAUCCUACUUGCGUUUGCGCCCCGAUCGUGUUGCUAUGCAAGAUGCUACCGCUCAAAUGGCUCUCUUGCAAUUUAUUUCUUCAGGCUUGAAGAAGGUUGCUGUCCCCUCUACCGUGCACUGCGAUCACUUGAUCGAAGCUCAAGUUGGUGGUGUCAAGGAUUUGGCUCGUGCCAAGGACUUAAACAAGGAAGUUUACAAAUUCUUAGCUAGCGCUUGCGCUAAAUACGGCUUGGGAUUCUGGAAGCCAGGCAGUGGUAUUAUCCAUCAAAUCAUUUUGGAAAAUUAUGCCUUCCCCGGUUUGUUGAUGAUCGGUACUGAUUCUCACACCCCCAACGGUGGUGGUCUUGGCGGUUUGUGCAUUGGUGUCGGUGGCGCCGAUGCUGUCGAUGUAAUGGCCAACAUCCCAUGGGAAUUGAAGUGUCCCAAUGUUAUUGGUGUCCAUUUGACCGGCAAGAUUAGUGGUUGGACUUCCCCCAAAGAUGUCAUCUUGAAGGUAGCUGAUAUCUUGACUGUCAAGGGUGGUACUGGUGCCAUCAUUGAAUACCACGGCAAGGGCGUUGAUUCGAUUUCUUGCACUGGCAUGGCUACUAUUUGCAACAUGGGUGCUGAAAUUGGUGCCACCACCUCCGUAUUCCCCUUCAAUGACCGUAUGUCUGCUUACUUGAAAUCCACCGGUCGCUCUGGCAUCGCCGACGAAGCCAAGAAAUUCCAAUCGAAGAUCUUGUCUGCCGAUAGCAACUGUCAAUACGAUGAACUCAUCGAAAUUGACCUGAACACAUUGGAACCCCAUGUCAACGGUCCCUUCACUCCCGAUUUGGCUCAUCCCAUCAGCAAGCUGGGUGAGAACUCCAAGAAGAACGGCUAUCCCUUGGAUAUUAAGGUUGGUUUGAUCGGUUCCUGCACCAACUCCUCUUACGAGGACAUGGGUCGUUGCGCCAGCAUUGCCAAUAACGCCAUGCAACACGGUCUCAAAUCGAAGAUUCCCUUCAACGUAACCCCCGGCUCUGAACAAAUCCGUGCUACCAUUGAACGUGACGGCAUCUCUGAUGUUUUCAACAAAUUCGGUGGCACCGUCUUGGCCAACGCCUGCGGUCCCUGCAUUGGUCAAUGGGAUCGUAAGGACAUCAAGAAGGGCGACAAGAACACCAUCGUCACCUCAUACAAUCGCAACUUCACUGGUCGUAAUGAUGCCAACCCUGCCACUCAUGCCUUCGUUACCAGCCCUGAAUUGGUAACAGCUCUUUCCAUUGCUGGCCGUUUGGAUUUCAACCCUCUUACCGAUGAAUUAACUGGUUCAGAUGGCAAGAAAUUCAAAUUGGAUGCUCCCUUCGGUGAUGAAUUGCCCUCCAAGGGCUUCGACCCCGGCAUGGACACCUAUGAUGCUCCCCCAUCUAGUGGCGAAAGCGUGCAAGUUGAUGUUGAUCCCAAGAGUCAACGUUUGCAAUUGUUGUCUCCCUUCGACAAGUGGGACGGCAAAGACUAUACCGACUUGACCGUCCUCAUCAAGGUCAAGGGCAAGUGUACCACUGAUCACAUUUCCGCCGCUGGACCCUGGUUGAAAUACCGUGGCCAUUUGGACAACAUCUCCAACAACAUGUUCAUUGGUGCUACCAACUACGAAAACAAUGAAAUGAACAACAUCAAGAACCAACGUACCGGUCAAUGGGGUGGUGUACCCGAUGUUGCCCGCGACUACAAGGCCAACAACAUCAGAUGGGUUGCCGUUGGUGACGAUAACUACGGUGAAGGUUCAUCUCGCGAACAUGCCGCCUUGGAACCCCGUCACUUGGGUGGCCGUGCCAUCAUUGUCAAAUCCUUUGCCCGUAUCCACGAAACCAACUUGAAGAAACAAGGUCUAUUGCCCUUGACAUUCGCCAACCCUGCCGAUUACGAUAAGGUUCAACCCACUAGCAAAAUCUCUUUGUUGGGUCUUGCCAAUUUGGCACCUGGCAAACCAGUCGAUUGUGAAAUCAAGAAUGGCGACAAAGUCGACAAGGUCAAGUUGAAUCACACCUUGAACGACCAACAAAUUGAAUGGUUCAGAGCUGGCAGUGCCCUCAACCGCAUGAAGGAAAUUUCUGGCAACUAAAUCUAAAAUCCUACUGCAUGUCUGAUUUUCCUAAUUUAUGAUUUACUGUUUAUCUUGCUUUUCCCGCCAGUUUCUUUAUAAUUUUUUUUUUUUUAAUUUUAGGUCUAUAAAUAAUUUAGUCAUUUUGUUCACUUGUUCAAUUUACUUCAAGUAAUUCUGAAUGUUUGAAUUAAUGAAUAUAUAAUUAUUUUGUAAUUUUGUUGUUUCAAUUUAUGUUAAAAACAAAGAUCGAAAUUCGAUACACAUAUUUAUAUAUUUACGAUAUUGUAUUUUUUUAAAUUAUUAAUUAUUGUAAAAUGCAACAAUUAAGAGAAAACAAACAUUAAACAGAUUGCGAAACACUCAUUACACGAUAUACAAUAUACUUAAUAACAAUUUUUAUUUAAUAAAGAAAAAAGAUGAAUUUAAUUCAGUGAAAAAAUUUAAAAAAAAAACAUAAAGCACCAAACAA